CUUCCCUUUCAUAUUGGCAUAAUUCGGUCACCGAAUUUUGUCUGUGAAUAUUUCAGUUUAUAUAUUUAUAUUGAGAAAUAUGGGUUGAAGGAAACAAAAAUGAGUUGGACAUUUGAAACAAAAUUGCGUCCACAAACACGGCAUGAUUCCAAAUGGCUCAAAACUGACCUACAGGAGCUGUUUGUGAAUGACUGCCUCAGUCAGCUGUGGAAUGAGCUGGUCAAGGAUGGUGAGAUCGCCAUGGGAACCAACCACGGUCUCUACAACUCUGCAGGAGUCCUCGCUAAGAAAGGCCAGACAGGGAAGUUCUACUGUGGUAUGAAAGUUCUUACAAGUGACAAUGAAAGUGCUGGCUUCUGCGGCCCCAUCACAGGCUCCAACUGCGGCCCCUGUGCAGCCCUUAACAAGGAGGAGGAUGAGGACAGGGCAGAGACUGAACAUGCCCCACCCCCCUCGGGGCCCAUGAUUGACAGCUGGACAUGGGGCCAGGAACCUGACACAGAGAAGCUGGAGGACUGCCUAAUCUCGCUGCUACACGAAAGCCAGCAGCUGUGCACAGAGGCGGCCUGCACGUCCCUGUCUGUGACUCGUCUGCAGCAACGCCUGGCCGUGAUGGAGCGCUACUUCAGUGCCAUGUCACGCCAGGUGCCCCCGGAAAAGAGCGGACCUUCCAAGAAGUCACAGACCAAUCAGACCAACCUGAAUAAACAGAAGAGUAAACAGAGUAGCACCAUACCAGACUUGGGUCAUGUAGAGUACAAUCAAAUAAAGUGCUAUUGUCUUUCAAGCAACGUGAAACCAAUGGAGAAAGCUUCCAUGGGCCUGGCAAGAGUUGGCUCGAGGGCUGCGCUAAGUUUUGCCUUUGCAUUUCUCCGGCGGGCCUGGCGAUCAGGAGAAGACUCGGAUCUGUGCUCGGAUCUGCUACAGGAGAGUCUGGAGGCUCUGCAGUCUCUGCCGGAGGCGAGCCUUUUUGAUGAGCCGUCCGUCUCUGGAGUAUGGCUGGACGUUGUGGAUAGAGCCGGGAAAUUCCUGCAUACUGUUGUAGCUGGUGACCUGAACAGCAGUGCGCAGACCAGCAAGUUGCCAGUACCAGUGUCAGACCAGCAGCUGGCUCUAGCCCUGAUCCUGGAGAUAGCCGUACAGCAUGGAACCCUCCAUCACAUGCUAGCCUGCGUCAUGCUUCUGCUCAACCUUUGGAACAACAGUCACCAUGACUAUGACAACAGAGUGCGGUGUAACCUGUACAGCGCCCCCCUCAUCCCCGUGCUGAAGAGGCUUCAGCAUAUUCCGAGUGCGAAGUCGAGAGUGCCUGACCAUGCUAAAUGGGAUGAGACAAACUACUAUGUGAGCCCGACAGAGUGUUUCUUGAAGUACCUGACCUACCCAGAGGACCAAAGCAUGCCCAUCGACCUGAGGAUGAGUGCCCUGGUGAUCAUGUCUCACCUGGACAGGCUCUGUCAGCCACUGCUGCCCCUUAACCCCUCACUCAAGAAUCAACGUCACAACAUGAGUCAGGAGGUGAUAGCAUGGGGCUGGUUUGCGUGGAAGGGAGCUAACCCCUCUUCCCCCACGGCAGGGCCAGUCAUUCUUGACUUCCUAAAUGAAGUAGGUGGAGUUCAGCAGGUGGUGUGCGGUGAGAAGGUCCUCAUCGUCCUUGCAGGCAACGGCAACGUGUACCUGGUGUCGUACGCAUCCGAGGCAGCGUCGAUGUACAUGAUGAGUGGUUUUGGUGAGCGUGAGGUGGUGAGGCUAGCAGCGCACCCUGAUGGCAAGCACUACCUUGCUCUAACCAAGGACGGGGAGGUGUUCUCCUGGGGCAGCGGAGACGGGGGCAGGCUGGGACAUGGCGACAACAUCCUGAGAGAAGAACCGACUCUGAUCAAGUCCCUAUCUGGCAAGAACAUCGUGCACAUAGCCUGUGGCAGUACGUACAGUGCAGCGGUCACCGGUCAUGGGGAGCUGUACAUGUGGGGUCGCGGUAACUAUGGGAGACUGGGGCUGGGGGGCACUGAGGAUCAGACUGUGCCCAACUUGGUGAUGGCCUUGAAAGGUCACCGGGUCAUUGAUGUGGCAUGUGGUAGCGGUGAUGCCCAGUCGCUGGCUGUAACGGACACAGGUGCCCUAUAUUCGUGGGGAGAUGGAGACUAUGGCAAGCUGGGGCGUGGCGGCAGUGAUGGCUGUAAGACUCCGAAGGUCGUAGAGAAACUCAUGGGUCAGGAUGUGGUGAAAGUCUUCUGUGGGGCACAGUUCAGCAUGGCCCUCACCAAGAGUGGGGCGGUCUUUUCCUGGGGCAAGGGGGACAACUUUCGUCUGGGUCAUGGCACUGAGGAGCAUGUUAGGGUCCCAAAGCAGAUCCAGUAUUUCGGAGGCAGAAAGAUUGUAGACAUGUCUGUAGGCUCCAUGCAUUGCCUGGCCGUCACAGAGGAUGGAGAUGUGUAUGGCUGGGGCAGAAAUGAGCAUGGGCAGCUUGGUGACCCGUCAAUCCAGUUCUUGACUGAGCCCACUCUACUGCCUGGACUGGAGGGAAAGAAAAUCAUAGGGGCCUCAUGUGGCAACUCUCAGAGUUUUGUCUGGUCCUAUGGCGGCCAUGCGAUGGUCAGCAUGCGGGUGCCUUUCGUUGUGGACGUGACUCGGGCCACUUUCGAGCUGUUGGACGAUCUACUGGGGGAGGUGUGUGAUGGAAUGGACGCCCAGACUGACUGGCCGCCACCCCAAGAGAAGGAGUGUAUGGCGGUCGCAGGCCUCAAUCUACUCAAUCUGCAGCUGCAUGCCGCCAUCUCUCACAAUGAGAAUCUAGAGCAGCUGGGUCUGAACCCUGGUAGCUCCCUGGUGACCAGCCUCAAGAGGAGGAUUGUCUCCCUUGCCAGCAACAGCGGAGUUAUCUCCACUGUCCAGAUGGCCGCACAGAACACGCUGCAGAACGGCUGGUCCAUACUGCUGCCUACAGCAGAAGAGAGAGCUAGGACCCUCUCUAUGCUUCUGUCUUCUGGAGGUCAUACAGAGGCAGGGGGCAUGAGCUCAGGGCAGCAGUUCAUGACCAACCUCCUCGUGACCAGCCUCAUGGCUGAUGGGGGGCUGGAGUUUGCAAUGGAGGCAGCCAUCAAGAAGGAGUCGGACUCCUUGGAGGAAAGAAAGGUAGAAUUUGGAGGAGAUUUGAUCCUUGGUGUGAGCAUGGCUGGGAAGCACAGCAGGAAGUCGAGCUUGGAUUCCGGAGUUCCAGUGCAGAUCGAACCCCGUCCUGAAGGGGAGGAUGCCAGCGCCACCAUACCCCUACUGCAGCUCAUUGAACAGUUACUGAGGUAG